CCACGGGUUUCUAAAGCCUCCGUUGUUCGUGUUUGUUUUUUAAACUUGCAUAUAUGAUGUUGAUUCAGGGAUCAGAAAUCUGAAAGGACCCAACGCUGUAAAACAGUAUUAUUCAUGGGGACAGAAUGUUCAUCGGCGUGACCCAGUACUAAAUACAUUCAUUAGACGGGAUUCUUUUCACUGCGAUUAGACACAUGGCUGGAUUCAGAUUGAAGAGACAAUGGCAUAUAAAACGCAUACUAAUGUCUGAAGAAAAAGAAGAGUUCACGCAGAGAUUUUUCGUUUUUUUACAGUGGAAUUCUUAUUGAAUUCUCAGUGGUUCCUCUUGCAUAAGCGAGAUAAAGUGAGAAAGUGAAAGCUGGAAAUGAAACGGGUGAUUGGAUAUAGCAGAAAUCUAUUUUAAGUUAGCAACCUCCACAAACUUAAGGACUAUAUUGUCCCUUUCAUAAAGACAUUCUUUAAAAACGACAUUUUUUAUUAGCUAUUAAUGUUAUGUAAAAAUAUGUAAAUUGUCAACUAGAAAACAUAUAAGUAAUGUUCUCAGUGCUUGUAGGAUAGCCUAAUUUGCACAGAAAGAAAUGCUGCUAAUUUUAGAAAAAGAACAAAUACAAACUUAUGAAAAGUUAACAAAUUAAUUUCAUGCACUACUGCCAAACAUGCAAACCUGGGUUAUGUCCAGGAAUAAAAUAACGAUCAUAAUGACUAUAGAGAUAAAAUACACUGCAUUGAACCUACAGACGUUACACAUAUAUUGUUAAAGUUGGAACAUUUAUAAAAUGCAACAGUCUUUGAAAACAUUUUCGUCUUCUAUAAAUAGCAGAGUUUCUGUAAUAACUGUUACAUAUUAUAACUAAAUUGAGUCACAAUUCAGUUAAAUUGCAUUAGCUACUUUAAACGCGUUUCUUCGUAUAUGUUUUACAGUAUCAGUUAAGAGUAAACUUCUGUUUUCAGAAGACGUCAUUUAAAAAAAAACGGCAACGGGUCUAAAAUAAAAGUUGGUCUUGAGUAAUUUGUCUCAGCUUUUGUUAAGGCACACUCUGAGAAAUUGAAUGCAGAAAGGCGGGGUUUUCUCCUCUGCUCCUUUGUAAAUCAAUAGCUGCACGGUUUUGAAUGGUCACUCUGAGGCUAGAGGGGCAGCACUCGAGCUGGGAAGCGUUUUGUCUGCAUUGAAGAAAAGCAGCAGAUUUUUUAGGCAGGGGCGGGAGAUCUGGGACAGUCAGUCUGCAGACAGGCAUCACAGAAGACAAGAGUUCUCACAGCGCCAACAGAAACCGUAAUCCUGCUACAGACAGAUGCUUUGUAAAUUAGACUUUGCAACACACCGGGCUGCGUGAUCAAUAGUUCUAACUCGAGUUAAGAUGCUUUUCAAUUGAUACGAGUCUUCAACUGGAUAAGUUUUCUGUUGUUGUUUUUUUUUUUUUUUUUUUUUUUUUACCUAUCUUGUUUAAUUACUUUAAAGAGAAAAUAGUGAAAACGUGACUUUUGCAGUGCUGGGAGUUCUGUGAAGCUGAUUCAACAAACAGGGAACUUCACAAACUUGAAGGAUUUAAUAUGUGCUAGACUUAAGCAACUUGUUUAGGCAUUUUCCAGGAAAUAUUUAUAACAAGCCUGUUGGAAGCAGAAUCAAGAAUGUGCAGCAACAAAGGAAACUUAUAUUUGUGUUUAUUUUUUCUGAAUGCACUACUGGUGGUUAUGCUGUUAACCCAGGAUGCUGCAGGUAAGACUUUAAAAUAUAAAUUAUAUGAGGAACAGAGAGUGGGGACUGUGAUUGCUCGAUUAAGGGAAGAUGUGGUUGAAGUGUUAUCUAAACUACCUAGCCCCCUUUCGGUCCGUUUCCGAGCAAUGCAGAGAGGGAGCACCCCUUUGCUCUUGGUUCGGGAGGAAGACGGGGAGAUCAGCAUUGGGGAGAAAAUUGACCGUGAACUGCUCUGCCAGAAAAACCUCAAUUGUACAAUCGAAUUUGACGUGAUUACACUACCAACGGAGCACUUGCAGCUGUUCCACGUUGAAGUGGAAGUUCUGGACAUUAAUGACAAUUCCCCCCAGUUCUCCAGGUCAGUUAUUCCUAUUGAGAUCUCAGAAAGUGCCGCUGUAGGAACACGGAUCCACUUGGACAGCGCUACUGACCCAGAUGUUGCUGAAAAUUCCCUUCACACUUACUCCUUGUCUCAAAAUGAGCAUUUUGAUAUUGAAGUGCGAACUAGGACUGAUGGGGCUAAGUAUGCAGAACUUAUUGUGGUUAGAGAACUGGACAGAGAGAUCCAGUCAAGCUAUGAGCUCCAGCUAUUGGCCUCUGACACUGGUGUACCUCCCAGAUCUGGCUCAACUCUUCUUAAAAUUAGUAUUUCUGAUUCAAAUGAUAACAGUCCUGUUUUCGAAGAACAAUCAUAUGUUAUCCAUUUACAAGAAAACUCACCUGUGGGGUCUUUGCUGCUAGACCUCAAUGCCACAGAUCCAGAUGAGGGCGCUAAUGGGAAAGUAGCAUAUUCUUUCAGUAGCCAUGUGUCUCCUAAAAUCCUGGAGACAUUUAAGAUGAACCCAGAAAAUGGCCACCUUAUUCUUCUUAAGCCACUCAACUUUGAAGUCACCAAGUCCUAUGAGAUUGAUGUCCAGGCUCAAGACUUGGGACCUAAUUCUAUCCCAGCUCACUGCAAGAUUAUCAUAAAAGUUGUAGAUGUCAAUGAUAACAAACCUGAAAUCAGCAUCAACUUAAUGACUCAGGGGAAGGAGGAAGUGGCCUAUAUUUCUGAAGGGGCAGCAAAAGACACUUUUGUGGCUUUGGUAAGGGUUCAAGACAGGGACUUUGGUUUGAAUGGAGAAGUUGUCUGUAAGCUACAUGGGCAUGGUCACUUUAAACUUCAAAAGACCUAUGAAAACAAUUACAUGAUCCUGACCAAUGCUACAUUAGACAGAGAAAAGAGAUCUGAAUACAGUCUCACUGUUAUUGCAGAAGACAAAGGGAUCCCCAGUCUCUCUACAAUUAAACACUUCACAGUUCAGGUGCUGGAUGAAAACGACAAUCCACCACGUUUUCAGAAAAACAGGUAUGAGAUCUUCAUGUCUGAAAACAAUUACCCCGGAGCCUAUAUCACUUCAGUGAUGGCCAGUGACCCCGAUCUUGGAGAAAAUGGACAUGUUACCUACACAAUUUUGGAAAGCUUUAUUUUAGGGAGCUCCAUUACCACCUAUGUAACCAUUGACCCUUCCAAUGGGGCCAUUUACGCUCUCAGAACAUUUGAUCAUGAAGACAUCAACAGAAUUGCUUUUGUUGUUCAAGCAAGGGAUGGUGGUAGCUACCAGCUUAGUAGCAACACCACAGUGGUCCUCACAGUUAUAGAUGAAAAUGAUAAUGCACCAGUUAUUGUCGUGCCAGCACUGCACAACCAUACUUCUGAAAUCUCCAUCCCUAAAUAUGCUGAGCUUGGAUACCUAGUCACAGCCAUUAGGGCCACUGACAGGGAUUCUGGUAUUAAUUCUGAACUGAGUUGCUUUAUUGUAUCUGGCAAUGAAGAUAACAUCUUCACCAUGGACCCAAAGAAGUGUGAGAUCUAUACCAAUGUUACUAUGGAAGACUUUCCCCACCAAGAAAUUGAAAUUGUGGUAGUGGUUCAAGAUAAGGGAAGCCCACAGCUUAAUGCCAAAGCAACCUUUAAGUGUAUUUUGUAUGAAAGCCUGGAUAUUCUUUUCCAGCCCACACCAACAGCCAGCAGCCAGCCUGCUCUUGAUGUCUCUAUGAUUAUCAUUAUUUCUUUAGGAGCCAUUUGUGCAGUCCUCUUAGUCAUAAUGGUGAUUUUUGCUACCAGAUGCAACCGAGAAAAGAAAGAUACAAGAUCAUAUAACUGCAGGGUGGCUGAAUCCACUUAUCAAAAUCAUCCCAAGAAACCAUCAAGGCAGAUACACAAAGGAGACAUCACUCUAGUGCCAACUGUUAAUGGCACGCUGCCCAUAAGAUCUCAUCACAGGUCACCCUCAUCGUCACCAACCAUGGAGAGAGGCCAGAUGAGCAGCAGGCAGAGCCAUCACAGCCGCCAAUCACUGAACAGCUUGGUGACCAUCUCAUCCAAUCACAUACCGGAGAAUUUCUCACUGGAACUUGCACACACCACUCAACCAGUUGAGCAAGUCUCACAGCUUCUGUCCAUGCUUCAUCAGGGCCAGUACCAGCCAAGACCAAGUUUCCGUGGGAAUAAAUAUUCAAGAAGCUACAGAUAUGCCCUUCAAGACAUGGACAAGUUCAGUCUUAAGGACAGUGGUCGGGGAGACAGUGAGGCUGGGGACAGUGAUUAUGAUCUAGGCAGAGACUCUCCAAUUGACAGACUUCUUGGUGAAGGAUUCGGUGAACUUUUUCUGACAGAUGGCCAUCACAGACUUCAUCCAGCUAUGAAGCUCUGCACAGAUGAAUGUAGGGUACUCGGGCACUCAGAUCAGUGCUGGAUGCCACCAUUGCCCUCUCCAGCUUCGUCUGACUACAGAAGUAACAUGUUUAUACCUGAGGAGGACCCCCAGCAGCCUUCAGUAGAAGAGGACAGCCAGUCCAUAGAUUCCAAUGACAGAAAGAAGAGCUUUUCCACUUUUGGCAAAGACUCUAAUAGCAGCAACGAGGAGGCAAGAGACCUUUGCAGCACCCCUCUCCUUUCAGAAAUGAACAGUGUCUUCCAGCGCUUACUGCCUUCGUCAUUGGAUUCUUACACAGAGUGCAACGAGGUGGAAAGAAUGAGCUCCCUAGAGCGCAAAAAGGGACAUUUGCCAGGGAAAUCUUUAUCUUACCCCCAAGGGGUGGCAGCUUGGGCAGCUAACACUAAUUUCCAAAACCCAGGAAGCAGUACGGGGCCGAUUCAAGUGAAUCACGUGAGUGCACAGCCCCCCUCCAAGUGGCUGCCAGCCAUGGAGGAAAUCCCAGAGAACUACGAAGAGGACGAUUUUGACAACGUCCUGAAUCAGCUCCACGUGAGCUGGAGUGACAGUAAACAUGAAAUAAUGGAUGCCAGUGAAUUGGUUACCGAAAUUAACAAACUUUUACAAGAUGUCCGUCAGAGCUAGACAUGACAGCUGAACCUUUUAAUGUUUUUCCAUAUUUAUGGGAGUCCGGAAAACAAAAGAGAACUGCAAUUACCAUUCAGUUGCAUUUAUGAUGUAAAUGUGUAUGCGAAUGCUAAUUAUUGGAAUAUGUUGUAUUUUCUUGUUCUGUACACAGUGUACACAAUGUGAGUGUAAUUAUCUUUGUAUUUUAAAAAUACAUUUGUACUCCUAUAUUCAUAUUAUAUAAAUUUAAUCAAAGUCUAUUUUUAUAUUCUUAUUGCAUGUUGAAAUGGAUAAAAAGUAUCCUGAUUUUUUAAACGUUGUUCAAUAAAUAAAGUUUUUGCUUUUUAAA